AUGGCGAAUGAAGCUUCACAAAGUAUAAGCCUAAAGGUGCUGGUGGAGAAAAAGAGAAAUCUUUUUGUUUUUGCAGAGUCAAGUAAUGAUUUUGUUGAUGUUCUCUUUAGCUUCAUGACUAUGCCUAUUGGAUCCAUUAUUACACUUGCUCACGAACACUCAAUAGAAGUGGACCUUGGUUGUUUGAACGACUUGUAUGAAAGUGUUGAGGAUCUUGAUGAGGCACGUCAUGUGUGGUGCAAGGACUUGCUGCUUCGUCCUCGAAAUGCAGCUAAAUUGUACUGCAGGUAUUUAAAACUGAAUUUUGUUGAUGGUGAUAUUGAGUACCAUACUUGCAGUGACCGUCAUCAUUUCAGUCCUUACUCUGACGCUCUCUACCAUUGUGGAGGGUUCAUGUCUCGUUCGUGGAUUAUGAAUAAAAGUAUGUCUGCACAACAAGAUGGGGGAGUGUUUGUGAAACCUGCCGCAAGGUUUCUUAUAACUGAUGACUUUCAUGUAAAGCCAAUAUCCACUGUGACUGGCUUAUCCCUGCUUAGUAAGUUUGGAGCUAUGGAUAAAAGCAUAAGAGAAGAAAGUAGUAUAAGCAUGGGAAGGGACAAGAUUUUGAAAUUGCUUAUUUGUUCAUUAACAUCAAGGACGCCUUUCUCGAAGACCAUUUUGGAACUAGCCAUUGACAAAAGCAAUGUUGACAUUUGCCCCGAAAACUAUGAAGCAAAAGAAGAUUUUGUUGAUCUUAUUGGCAGUUUCCUCACAUUUCCACUUGGUUGUGUUUUCAAGGAAUUUCCAUGUUUGUCCUUAAGGGGAUGCUUAGGUAAUCUAUACAAGAGCAUCCAAGAUUCUGAUGUUGGGGAAUUCUUGGAAUCUGAGGAGAUGAAGGCAAUUUUGGUCAAUCCAAAGCUUGCGCGAGGUUUUGCUUUGAAUAAGCAGCUCAUUCCUAUCGAGCAAGUUCCAUGGUCAUCUUACUCUUUUAUUAAUUCCUUACCGGGUUUCGUUCCCAAGGUGAAUGAAAGAAUAAUUGGCAAGGGAUUCUUUAGGGGGCCUUCCAUGUUCUUGGUGACAGAUGAUUUGAGAAUAACACUUUUAUCUCUAUUCUCAGACAUGUCUCUUCUCGACAGAUUGAAUAUUCCUCACAGUGACAUGUUAGAGCAAGAAGUGACCAUGGGUGAGGAAGAGGCUUUGCGUAUGUUGGAGGCUGCUUUGGUGUCGAAAACUGCUUUGACUGAUGCUUUCAUACUUAAAAAAAGAAUCAAAGCUGAAACUCAAUGA